AUGGCUUCAUCGGACGCUGCAGAAACCGACGUUAUGGAGCUGCACUCCUUCUUCACGCCCGGGCUACCAGCAACUGGAAAGCCAUAUACUUUGAAAGUCAAGCAAACCGUGAGCGGUAGGAGUCAAACCCUUACAAAAGAGUCUUGUAUGAAGUUUUCUGUCGAUGCGCCACGAUUCACUCUCCCUGCAGAAGAUAUUCACUCUAUCUACCCUGUCGACGGGGUGGCUGAACAGCCUCGAGUGCUGCCUCAUAUCAUUCUCAACGACCCCCAAUUACCAUGGGAACGUGUGGGUGUCAAAGAUCAACCAGAAGAAAAGAAGAAAGAAUAUGCCCGUCCUCCAUGGAUGGCAUUGAUGGUUUUUACAAACGAAGAGUUGCAGGUAGCACAACUGCCCGGAUCGACAGAAAAGGUCCAAAGUUCUUCGACAAGAGCCGUGAUCAGUACUGUAGGUCGCCUGGCACAGGCUGACCAGGCACAAAACUCUUUUCGGUGCCCGAACGUAGAGAACACUAGAUCCACUGAAGACGCGAGUAGUGUCUCGUACAUCCUGUUGAGCAAAGAGCGCUUCCAGACGCUAAUUAGCCAUCAAGACAACGAUGCAGCACUCGUCAACUUGGAUCGCUUCCAGUACUUCUCGCACGUUCGAAUUGUGAGUGUGGAGGGAAGUUCACAUGCUGCUGAAUCAACUACUCCGGGAAAUCAUCCCUUCAGUGUAGUGUUCUCCCAUCGGACAGGCCCGGUUGACGUGAAGGAGCCACAGACAGUUUUUGUGCAUCUGCUAUCACUUGACGGGAUUUCUGAUAAUUUAAAGCAAGUGCCACUUAAGGCAACUGACCAGCAGAUAGCGCUGGUGUCAUUGUAUUCUUGGACAUAUCGUGUUGCCCCUGCUGACCACACAAACUACCACGAGGUGAUGCAAAAGUUGAAUGAAACAAAACAGUCAUUGCGCCGGCCUGAUUCUUUAAUUGCCAACUUUCAACCAGCGACAGAUCCAUCAGUUGCCUGGCUUACUGAGCGAUUACGCCAUGGAUACACUUGGAUACGCCAUCGAACUUUGAGUGGAGAAGCGACUAUGGGACUCUACCGUGGCCCCUUAACGCCCCGAUAUGUCACACCGGGACGCUGUGAGCCUACUGUCAGUGGAAGAAGCCUCCAGAUACUUGAUCCACAGGCUGGGGUUAUUGAUCUGAGUUACAGUAUUGCAUGGGAGCUGGGACGCAACCUGGCCAUUGCAGAUAAAGGUUUUACAGCUGCCAUGUUACGACUCCGCACCGACAUAAGUGCAAUGGCGGUAAAUGGAGGUAGCCAGAAAUCAAAGAAUACCUUCCAGGAACUAGGUAGGGCUCGGGAUGGUACGCAAGGACCCAGUGAGCAGCUCUACAAUGGCGUCUAUCGAUGGGCGAACAUGGUCGUAGAUAGAGCCAGCGAAACAAACAAAAGAGAUCCGCCAGCGGGUGAAGCAGUUCUUAUCAAUGCACUUCAAACCGAUGUAAGGAAAAACUUGACUCAAAUGGCAGCUCAGCAACUUCUUUCCGAAAGGUCAAGCGACGAAAAGCCAUGCGCAUCAACAGACUGGCUUCUUGUGUUACAGUGGGUGAAGAAGAAGCUUGCACUUCAGGACAUUCCAUACGUCUAUCUUUUCCCGGAUCCGGCAGUUCUGCCCAUGGAAGCCCUUCGAACAUUCUACGUGGACGAAAACUGGACCGAUGCCCUCAUUGAUGGUGCCUUUAGCAUUGCCAAUCACUCUACUCUUAAAAAUGAUCCAGUAAAACGGGAGAUUCGCCUCAGUAUCAACCACUACCUUUCGGGAGCGCAAGAGAAGGCUUCAACCACGGAUCUAUCGUGGCGGCCACGAUGGGGCCUGGUGAUGCGCAGUAAGGUUGUCGAGGCCUUUCCGAAUCUGCGCAUCGCGCGGGCUCUUUCGAAAGAAGGCGGUGCUUCUCAAAACCCAGAAAAACCAGCUACAUUUGUCACCUUGGCAGCGGACACCUUGAUCUACUAUCAACAGGACACACCAGAGGUCGAUGAUGACGCCGCACUUGUUAUUUCACAGCCAUUCCACCAUCAACGGUUUUCAAUUGGUGAUGAGCUAGACGAUACUAUGCUAUCUCUUUCGUUCAAACUUUUCGGCCAAGCAGAGGCCGACAAACAGAAAGAAGGGGUUAUCAAUAAGGCCAACUGGACGAGCAAUGGAGGUGACGCCGAAUUCAAAUGCAAACAUACAACUGAAGGACAGAAAUGUAAGCAUCCACUGCUUCCUCUGAAGCUUAAAAGCAUUUACAAUUGGGAAACGCGUUGUCUUGAUGUGGAGACAUUUAUAGAUGUAUGUAAGAAAGUCAAUGAGGCGGUGAUGGCAGAGACUCGAGAUCCAAAUACGAAGGAGGAUUCGUCGGCUUACAUGGGCCUACAAUUGAACGAUGAGCUACUGAUGUUGCGCUUGGCGUAUCCCGCAAGAGAAGGGAACAAGGACGCACAGCCCGGGGGACAGAGACGCACAUUACAUGGAUCUUCAGACGAUUUGAUGGUCGCACAACCCGGCGAUAAUGCGGACUCCAAGAGAGGUCUGUUGAAUGCCCCCCAAUUCAUCCCGGAGCCUUCAAGUAUCAAUGCCGAGCUCCUACCACCGGCACAAGGCUUCAAUCACGAGCUGCUCGGCCAAGCAGUGGUCACGACCGCCAGAAAUGAUCCGUCAUAUAACAACCUGCUCCAUCUUACUACUUCUCAAUUGACUAAAGUGUGCUAUCCAAGACUUCUUCAUUCUCGACGUCAUUUUCCUGCGGGUGGACGCAUCACGCUCGAUAUAAUCUUCUCUAUCAAUGCCAUUCCAGAUGUGCGACAGGAUAUCUAUCUCCAAUCCCUGACAGUCUACAUACCAGUCGGUCGGGUCAACACCAACCUUCUGCAACCUUUGCAGACUCGGCCGCGAAUGCAAAUGGUUGGUCCCGGGCGAUACUGGAUCCUGAAGGCAGCACAAGUCACCGGAAAACGCCAUCGCCUCAACCUAGACGGCACUUGGACAGCAGCGGGAGACUCUGACCAUCAUGAUCAAAAGUGGCUUGCCAUUACUGUAUCAGCGGCUCCAAAGCAGAAUGCUGACGGAAGUCGUCGGGAGAGACCAUUACAUCUCAUCCGCCAUCCACAAUUGAGUUUCGUACUGCAUGAGAUGGAAUUGAACUCUUUGCCGUGCGAAAGGAUACCGCUAUUGGUAGAAGAGCAUUAUUUCCGCGCGACAGAUGAUACUCCGAAUGUUUAUGAUACUGCUGGAACUGUGAGGACGGUGGUGGGAGUUACGAAGCAAAUGUGCGAAUGGAAGUGA